GUGAGCAGACUGGCCCAUGGCUGAAGCCUCGCUCCCAGAACUGGGGGGAGACUUGGAAGCCACUCCUUGUCCCAGUGUCCUGCAGCUGGAGGAGCUCUUGAGAGCGGGGAAGGCCUCUUGCAGCCGAGUAAAUGAAGUUUGGCCCAAUCUUUUCAUAGGAGAUGCCCAAGGUCCUGGUGCACUGUGUGGUGGGUGUGAGCCGCUCUGCCACCCUGGUCCUGGCCUACCUCAUGCUGCAUCAGCAGCUGUCCCUGCACCAGGCAGUGGUCACUGUGAGGGAGCACCGGUGGAUCUUCCCCAACCGUGGCUUUCUCCGGCAGCUCUGCCAGCUAGACCAGCAACUGCGGGCCACAGGCCAGAACUAAGGGGCCAGAGACAGCCCUUACUUCUGGCCACAGGGCUCUGCCACUUUGCUGCCCUAGCCCUGGCCCUGAUGAUACUGCUGAAGUCUCUGGCCCCAGUGGAUGCCCAGAAGACAGUAACAGCCUGGCAUGGGACCCAUUCUGGAGCCCAUCACUCCAUCUGCUUCCUGUGUCCUUCCACUCCUCCCAGACACUGUCUGCCAUCCUCACAGAAACAGCAUCAGAAGUGCAGACGCAGGCGGCUGGACACUGGCAGCCUAGAAUGCCCAUCAGAAAAGACCACAGCCUGGGCCAGAUACCAUCGCAGGAUGGAGUCACUGCAGAAGCCGAAGAUCCAGGGGGCGAGCCGGGGCACCCUCUACCAGCCGCCCACGCUGGCCUCCCUGCAGCGCUUACUGUGGGUCCGCCGACCCUCCACACUCAAUCACAUCAAUGAGGUCUGGCCUAACCUCUUCUUGGGAGAUGCGUAUGCUGCCCGGGACAAGAACCGGCUGGUCCAGCUGGGCAUCACCCACAUUGUGAAUGUCGCUGCAGGCAAGUUUCAAGUGGAUACAGGUGCCAAGUUCUACCGUGGGCUGCCCUUGGAGUACUAUGGCAUCGAGGCAGAUGAUAACCCCUUCUUCGACCUCAGCGUCUAUUUUCUGCCUGCUGCUCAACACAUCCGAACUGCCCUCAGCUCUCCCCGAGGUCGUGUGCUGGUCCACUGUGCCAUGGGGGUGAGCCGAUCUGCCACAAUUGUCCUUGCCUUCCUCAUGAUCUGCGAGAACAUGACACUCGUGGAAGCCAUCCAGACGGUGCAGGCCCACCGAGAUAUCUGCCCUAACUCAGGCUUUCUCCGUCAGCUCCAGGUUCUGGACAACCGGCUGGGGCGGGGGACAGGGCGGCUGUGACUCAGUGAGCAGCCGGGAGCCCUGACCCUCCAUCCAACAUAAUGUGACUCCAUCAGUUUGGUCCUGGGAAUGGUGGCCUCUGCUGUUCCCAGAGGCCCUGAGAUGUCAACAAGCAGGUUGGGGGUGGGGGGGGGGGAGGGAGGCUCAGCUGAGGCAGAGGCAUGGAGAGCCAGCUGGUCAUCUUUAGAUGGUGAAUCCCCGGACCCAAUCCAGAGAUUCUUUAUGCAAAAGAGAAUUCAGUCUGUCUCUAUAAUAAAAAGGUUCAU